AGAAGGCAAUGGAGAGGCCAUGAAAAUGGCGGAGCAAAAAAGGCGAAACGGGCUACUUUCAAAGGGCAUGAAAUUGCCCGUUACGAUAGAAGAGGCUCUAAAUGAUGUACUCGUCGUAUCCUUAGAAACUGGAAGCAAAGUUUUCCGUGGUAUUUUAUUAGAUAUGAAGAAGAGAAAUUUACCGCAUGGUGUCCCAUGGCAAUUUGACCAAAGUGGAUCAAACAACGGUAAAGAUGCCCAACAUGUCGCUGAAGGUGAUACCAGCUCACAACCAGAGUUAGCCGCCACAUCAAACAGAUACACAUACCAAGAAGGGUCUAGUCAAAACAACCGCCAGCCACCUCCACACCCAGUGGCCCUCACACGGGCACUGUACAAGGACAAAAAUGUACGGCGGAUUCGAUUACGCCCUAGACAGACACUGUGCAACAAAUGUAAGGCUGUGUGUACAGAAACAGACAAAGGUAUUGUACCAGUCACAGCUGUAACAAAACAGCAAAAACCCACACCAGUACACCAACCUUCCCCUACACCAAUUACACGCAGGCCGCUCAAGGAAGGGUUGAGGAAGAGAACGGCUACACAAGCUAGUUCACAGCCUGAAACAUAUCCGUCACGAAGGAAGUCUCUCAUUCAAAGCAAACCAGUAGCAGCAAGAAUUUCAUCAAGAACUGUUUUAACUCGUAGUGAAUCACUACCAGUGAGUAGAGUUGUGUUAUCGAGAAGAGUUUCACUGACUGAAUCUAAGACUGUGUCUGCUCGAAGGGAAUCUUCUUCUGAACUUGGGACUAUGUUAUCAAGUAGAGACUCCCUUCCAGAGAGUAGAAUAGUGUUAACUCGUAGGGAAUCUCUUACAGACAAAAUAGUGUCAUCUCGUAAAGACUCCACUUCAGAAAGUAAAGUUGUGACAUCUCGAAGGGAUUCAAACCCUGAAGCUAAACCUUUACCGUUACGAAAAGAUUCUAAUGGGGAAACAAAAUUAUUAACAACAGUUGUAAAUGACAAUAAAAUACAGAAAUUAGACAAAUCAGCAGCUAAUACUAAAGCAAGUCCAUUGAUAAAGAUAACAAUUGGAGAAGGGACAGUUAUCAAGAUCCCUCCCCGUAUCCAUGGUGAUGAGGUAGAUGGGGAGGGACAAAGUCCGACGAAGGUGCAGGAGACUGAUUCUAAUGACCAAACAAGUAGUUCUGAAGAAAUGUGGCCAUACAAAAAACCAAAAAAAGCAUUUAAAAAACCUAAAGACAAAAAGGAUUCGGAAAAUAAUUCCUCUGCAAUGCAAAUGUCUUACCUUGUAUCUAGUCACCACAAAAAACACAAGCGGAAACAUCGCCACCGCCAUGGGAGCCAUAGCAAUGAUAGUGAUGUGUUUCAACCAGAAGGUGAUAUGUUAGACAUGUUCGAUGAAAAUGGGGAAACACAUUCAGAAACAACACAAACUGAAGUUAUCUCACAACGUCCCCGACUCCUCUACACAUGGAGACAAAACAAAGGCCUCUCACCUAGACGAGAUGUCAACAAAGGCUUGUCACCUAGACGUGAUAUAAACAAAGGGUUAUCACCGAGACAGGAGAACACAUCAUUCAGUAACAUUGAUAGAUCUAUGUCGCCUAAAAUUCAGUCCAACGAAAGUGUUCAAGUUCAGAAAAAGGAAUACCGACUAAGAAGUCGAGAAAGAAAUAGCACCGAGUCUGAAUCGGUAGAUUCCAUGAUAACGGACGAGUCAGAUGACUCAUGUGAUGAUAACGACUUAAUAGCUGAUGGCUUUACUGUACAGACUGUCCCAGACAGCGAGGAUGAUCAGAGUGCUAAGUCAGAGGGGUGUUCGGGGACAGAAGAGGAGGAGGGGCCUCCUGGAGACACCAACAUAGAGUCUUUACGCCCCCUGAUGAUGAAAAUUCAGACUCACGAUGUUACUAAAUGUGUGGCAACUGAUGGGAGGAGUAUUCAUGUUGGGGACAUUGUAUGGGGUAAGAUACAGGGCUUCCCCUGGUGGCCAGGACGGGUUCUUUCUAUCACCGUUAGUCAGCGUGACAAUGGUAUUAUGAUACGCCAGCUGGCUCAUGUGUCCUGGUUCGGCUCAUCCACAAUGUCCCACAUACAGUGCUCAGACCUCUACCCAUUCCUUGAGGACUUCAAACUCCGGUUUAACCGGAAGAAGCGAGGGCCAUACAAGAUGGCCAUCAAACAGGCCACAAUAGCUGCUCAGAGUAUCACCAAUACACACCAUAUUGACUUCACAGAGUUUGACUUAUGACAGUAAGUUCUGGUGAGUUGAAAAUCUAGAUUUGGAUGCAGCUUUAAUAUUCAUUGAAGAGAUUCUUUUUACUAAGGUUUCCCCGGUAUUGUAGAUUUUACACUACAAGCAGUGUUAGUGCUACAUGUGUCAUGAAUGGAGUCCCUAUCAACAGGGUCCUUUCUAUAGUUGAAUUGAUGCAGUCGUUUAUCUUUUGAUUAUAUAUAAAUUAUAUUUAGAAGAUUCCUUGGAUGAUGUAAAAGAUGUGAUUUAUGUAGAUCUAGAGUGAUCAGUGCUCUCAUUGGGGUAAACCAUUCCACUAGCCCAACAACAUGAGCUAAUAGAUUUUAUACCAGCGCUUAAGUGAAAAUUGUCAAUAUUUGCUACGAAAAUAAAAGCUGAGCUGGUAUUAUUUGUCUAAACCUGCCAACAGAGUACAAACAACUCUGGAACAAGUAAAAUGUGAAAUUGAGCACCCCUGCUUCCAUCUACAAAUAUACAGGAGAAAUAUUUUAAUUUACACAUAAUUCAGUACAUGGACUUCAUUGUUUGAUUAAAAUGACAAAAUAUACAGAUGUUGAAAUUUUAUCUUAAACAAAUCUUCUGCAAUAAAUGAUUGUGAAAGAUAAAAUUUCUUCGUGUAAUGGCAUUAGGUCAGUAAAAAAAAUUCUGUUGAAUUUAGAUAUACAGAUUGUAUGGACAUUAGAGGCAGAUGACAGGGAAAAGUGACGAGGUCUGCCCUUUUUCCAUGGCUAGAUAUUGAUGAUGUAAUUGCAGGAGAAAAAUUGGGACAGCACUUUUACAGAUACAGAAACAAUAGCAUUGCUUGUUUUUGAUACCUGCUUGUUCUUGAAUCAAGUACAUUUUAUAAAUUUUCAAUCUUUGGUUAAAUGUAUUGAUUGAAUACACAUUUAGGCAUCAUUUUGUGUAUACCUGUAGAAUUGGGGGAAAGUAUUUGUAUUGACUAACAUACUUACAGUGUAUUAUUUAAGAGUAUUUGCUGCACAUUAUACUUUUAAAUAACAGUACCAGCCUUCUUGAUUUUCCUAUUGUGUAUGAAAUAUUCAAAGUUGUCUAAUACCUCAUAUACUGUACUUGUGAAGUAUUCAAUAAAACCAUUUUACCUGGUUUGUUACAUUGAUAUUAGGCCAGUAAGUUUGACAUAGCUCUUAUUAAAAACAAGUGCUGUACAGAUUUCAUGUUAACCAAUCCGCUAGUAAUAUAAAUAAGGGAUAUUGCUACAUACUACAUGUACUACUUAUAUAAUUAUAAAAGGACUCUCUGUUAAAUGAUUUAUGUAUUCAAACAAUCAUAUCUAUAGUGAAUUUUGUCAAGCCUUGUUAUGACCAUAUUAGAAUCCUUAAUCAUGAACCCAUUCACCCAUAAAGUCACAUUUGAACCUUACCAAAUCAAAGACUGCAAACCCAGUUAAAAUAUGUAGGGGUGAAUAAGUUUAAGAGAUGUGCGAGUGUUCCACCAAGCCGUUUCUUUUACAUUUUCACCAUCAAUAUUAAUUCAUUGUUCUAUAAAUUUUCUUCUAAAUUUGAAAUUUUGUUUCCUAAAAUGUGGGUAUUUUAUUUAAUAUUACUAUAAAUAUUUGAUUUUUAUUCUAAAAAAAUGUCAAAGUAUGAUUAGUUGUAGUCAGGUGUUCUUUCUUUAUGCAAAUUUAUACAAGGUUAAAUUUUAAUUUAUGUAGCUUGUGGUGACUUGUUUUUAUUUUGAUUUGGCUUUUUUUGAAGAAAAAUAGAAUUAUAUUCAUAAAUUGAAUUAAAACAUACUCGAUUAUCAUCAUAUAGUCAACCUGUGUUACAUGCACCAUUCAUGUAAAAUAUUGUGCAGUUUCCAGAAUGCUCACUACCUUUCUACCAAUAUUAAUAUGAUAAAUAUGAUUGUAGGGCUUUCAUGUGAUUGUCUUUGAAUUACUUCAGCUUGUACGUGCAUGUUUUGUUCACUCAAUCUGAGGGUUAGUUCAAAUACUUAAAAUAUUGCUUUCUAGAGUGAUUCUCAAUAUUUCCCUAUCAUGAUAUAAUAAACAUCUUAAUGUUGACUAAUGUACACAUCGAAAGAUGUACACAAACGUACCGGAUCUGUAAAUGUGGUGGUGAUAAUGAGGUAUUGGUAAUUUGUUAAAUUACCACAGUUUAUAUGUGAUUGCCCAUGGGUUUUGAUAUAAAUGCUCUGAUGGCUUACAUGUUUUUCCUGCAGCUAUACAUAUGCAUAAACAUUCUUGCAUAUUGUGUAAAAGUCAGAUAGUUACCUUCAAGCUUAGUGACUUACCAUAAAACUAUUGUUGAAAAGAUGUUUCGAGUCAUUUGGUAUUACAUGUAAGUGAAUCAGAAAUAAAGGAGAGGUCACAACACAAGUACAGCCUUCUAUUUACCACCUAUAAUAGCUUCAGGUUUACAAGAGCUCAAAAUAAUGAAGAUACUAGCCAACCCACUGUUACCAUAGUAAAAUACAUGUUCUUUAAUUAUUAAAUUAUUGAAAUGCAUUCGUCACAAAUUGAUUAUUCAAAGAAUAUAUCAAAGCGUUUGUCCUCAUAUCUUAUGAAAGUUGUUGAAAAGUGCUUUAAUUCCUUAAUUUCUUAAUUUUGUAAUGUGCCGGGCUGUUUUACUGAAUGUCCAUGUAUCCUUUCUGCUAUCAGGCACGACUACUACUAUAAUGUCCACAUGAACUAACUCCAAAUCGACUACCCUUGCUGAUGUAUGCUCCAGUGACUGCCUUAGCUGUGAUGUUGUGAUAAGUGAUUUGAGAUUUAAAAGGGACUUCUAUUUGGAUUCACUGUACCUGUAUAAUUAUGAUAUAAAUGUUCACAGGUAAAUUUUAACAUAUCUAAUUUUGUUGCAGUUCUUAUGAGUUUAUUGUUAUGUUUCAUCAUUGUAUUUCUGUAAUUGUUAAACACGAUAUUUUUUUUGCAUAAAUGGUUUGUUUGAAUAUAUUUGCACUACACGUAAUAAGGGGAGAUAAUUUAUUUUCCUGAAUAUUUCAAUAGUUUCAAAAUGUUCCCCUGUAUAUGUUCAGUAUGUUUAUCUAGUCUUGUGAAAUGUAAUUAAACAAUUAGUUGUAUGAAAUCAAGUUAUAUCAAAUUUUUCUUUGUAAUUUGUAUAAUGUUUAACUAUUUUUUAGAAGAAUUAUUUAUUGUUUAUGGUAUCAAUUAAUGGAUAAUGUCUUGAUAUGCUGAAUAGUUCCUGAUCCUGUGAUUCUGUGUUAACAAUAAUUCAUAACUUCUACUUAUGUGAAAUUCAAACAGACUAGUAAUCGUAAAAUGCGGACACAGGCCUAGAAUUUAUAUUUGCGUAAAAAAUGACCUGCAACUGGAAUAUAUACUGGUAAAACCGAGUGAUUUUGGCUGAUAUAAUAUUUUUCUGCAGAAAGAGUAUUUAUUAUAGUACACUAGAAAUUCAUGCAUGAGUGUACAAAAGCAUAAAUAGAUGUGCAGUUAAUACAGAAAUAAUUUUGAUAUACACCUGUAAUGUUAGUUACAUAUAUAUGUACAUGUUUUGUUCCAACAGUAAAAUGUUUCAGCUAAGUUGCUGGACCAAAUUGAUUGAAUUGGGAAACUUCAUCAAUUCCUGACAUUGUACAUGUACAUAAAUAAUAGUUUUUAAGUAAAUUGUGUACUUUAUAUCUUAAUUUCUUGAACUUUGAUAUAUAAUUUCAUGAAUGUUCAUAAAACCUCUUGCCAUCCGUGUUCAGGCAUAUUCCACUGAAAAUGUCAGUAUGACUAGAAUCAAGAUAUACAUAAAUAGGGCAAAUUGAUGUUUUGUUUUGAUUUGUAUUGUAGUUGUUCUGUACAUGCAUGUACCUUGUUGCCAAAACUUGUGGAAUAUGAAGCAUUCUAUUUUUGAUCCCAUACCUCUGACAAGAGAAAUCUCGGUACUAGAAUUUUGGUAUCUCUUAGUUUGUUGUACGCAAUUUUGGUGCCAAUCUUUACUUGUACAGUUGUUCUAUCAUUUACCUGAAUGAAAGUUAGUUUAUCAAAAUAAUAUCAAGUUUUAAUUAAAGUCUAAAAUUUAUAGGAUUUUUAAUUUAUUUUAUAGCAGUAAAAGUGUUUUAGAAGGAAAGGAAUUAGGUGUCCUUAUGGCUACAAGUAAUCUAAAUAGAGGCCAAAUAUAGGGAGAAAAACUAAUGUAUCAUAGUAUAUAUAGAUUGGAGGAGGGGGGAAUCUAAAAUACUUGAUCAUAAAUUUUGAUUAAUUAGUUACAAUAUUUCAGGUCAGUCUCUAGGUGAAUAUGCAUAUGUUACUAUAGAGAUUUGUCACAACACAUGAUCAGUAGAGAGACAAAUUAGUGUAAUUGAGUCAUGAUUGAUCAUUGGCAUCAUAGCCCUAGUAUCGAGAGAAAUUACAUGUAUCUGCAAUUAAAACUACUAGUAUAAUUCAACAAAUUUUACUCGCACACAGACGUACAUUUGAAUCCUCAUAUAACGUCACAAAUCCAAUGUCACUUUUACACAAUUAAAUAUUUUGAUAUUUUUCAUGCUCAGAUAGAUGGAGAUCUUUUUGAAAGAUAUGUGAUUUGAACCCACCUUUUCGGGGAGGGGAGUUGGGUAUAUAGGAUCAUAAGUCUCAUAUUGCUGUCCUGGAAACCCUGUUCUUUAGAAUUAUUCAAUGCAAUGAUCUUUAUACUUUUGUUAACCAUAUUCAUUUAAGAUCAUAAUACAUAUAGCAUGGUUUUGUGAUAGCCUCAUCUGAAAUUGGUAAAUUGAAAUAAAGAGAAUCAUAAAAAAGUUUACUUAUUAUGGCUGCAAUUUGCAUUGGUUUUCAAGUGCAACUCAUUAUGCCAUGAUAUUUUUCUUAAAGUAUUUGAAGUGUUUCAUGGUUAUAGAAGUAUCUGGUUAUGUCUGUCUACAGAUUUUAUAUAAUACGUACAUCAUGGUAAAGGAUAGUUUCUAUAAGGCUAUUUUUACCUACGGUUUUCUUUUAGUCAAGUUGUGCUCAUGUAGUGCUUGACCAGCUCAUUGAUUUUUGGCUCAAUGUAGUUGUCUAACCCCAACCCAAUUCAGAUUGCUUUAAUUUAGUACCAAAUUAAAGCAAUCUGAAUUGGGUUGGGGAAAGACAAUGAAAAUAUUUUACUUUUUUUUUGUUAAAAAGUAUAAAUAAGGAAAAAUAACCAUUACACUAUAGCUAUAAUAAACGAUUUGAUUGUUCCUUCCUCAUCAGGGAAGAAAACUAUAUAUUAACAUCCUUAAUUUGUAGGUUUCUGAUCUCUGGUGAAACUAAGGGGAAAGACGUUUAGUUUAAUUUGCUUCAUGGUAUUUUUGUCUGAUCUUAUUUUAUCAUCCCAGUGCUUAGAUUUCUUAUAAAUAGGUACAUGUAUUUCUAAAUCAGUUUAUAUGAAUACAUAAGUUGAUUUGUCUUACAUAUCUAGUUAUGAAGUAUUGUUUGAAAGAAAAGUUCUUUUCAGUUGAAUUUGAAUGAAAUAAUGAGUUAGCAUUUUGACAGAAUUAUUUGACAGAUAUGUAAUGAUUGAAUCGUAUGACAUAUUGGAAGUUAAAAUAGAUAUUUUUUUUGCUUAAAUUCAGUAUAAUAAUUAAGAAUUCUGCCCUAACUUGGUAGAUGUGUGGAGAGAUAGUGAAAGCUGUGAUACAGUGCGACAGACGGCCAGAUAGUUUGACUAUAUUGUUAUUACAUUUCUGAUGUCAUUUAACUGUGCUUAUAUUAAUAUAAAAUUGAUGCGUAUACAUGAAUGUAUAAGAAAUGUAUAUAUAAGUUGAAAUUAAAAACAGCCUAAAGGCAGAUUUUACAUUG